AUGAGACCUGGUAGUGUUGCUAGCGGAAGUACAAGUUUAUAUGACAGUCUUGGCCCAGCUAGAGCACUUCCUCCUUAUCCUGUCGAUGACGACGACCGGGUUACUGCUGGUAGUUUUGUUGCUAGUUCGGCCAGUAGUAUAUCUGGCAGUGUUGCUGGCAGUGUUGCUGGUAGUGUAGCAGGUAGUACAAUGGGCAACCGAGCAAGGCCCAUACUUCCAGAUUCAUCGUUCUCAAUGCCUGAUCUGCCACAUCGACCUAAUAGUACUGGAUAUACUCGCCAAAGUCGCAAUAAUUUGCCCACUCCUGGUAGCUUUACCUAUGAAGAGGAUAGGCAUUCUGAUAGCGAAGAAGAAUAUUAUGACAGGAGCUUUGAGGCUGCUAGCUAUGAAGCUUCACCUCCUGGACCUGAAAGGGCAGCUCGCAAUAGAUUGAGUUUACCUCCACUUCCGCCUCCUCAUUCUAGUGCUGGCUCGCAAUCAUAUCAAACUUCCAGUCAGAAUCAGAUCAGUGCGGGGUUUGCUAAUCUGAGUUUGGCUGGCGCUCCUUCCAAUGCAACUAGUGACAGAAUGGGUCGUACAGGGCAGGUACCGUCGAACCAUGUCUUUCCAAAUCCUGGUCCUGGUGGCCCCCCGGCCCCCUCACAUGCUACCAGAUCCAAUCCGCUGCCAACGCUGCCAAUAUUGCCUCCUCAACAUGUUUCUCCCCCACAACAACGGAGACAGACAUAUCAGCAACACUCACAACACCAACCACAACCACAACAACAUCAGCAAUUCCAACCAGGCAUUCAACACCAGCAGCUACAACGCCAGCAACAGCAACAACCUCAGCAUCAGCAAUAUCCUGUCCAGACACGACCACCACCGCCAGGAAAUCAACAGCUUUCGUCUCCUCCUGCUACAGUUCCGGUCUCAGUUCCAAUUGCCGCUCCUGUAUCAACCUCACCAUCAGCAGCUGCUAUGGCUAGAAACGUCAACCGUACUCCAAGCCCUAGCAAAGGUAAAAGUCCACACACUGCUUUGCAUGUAACCCCUCCUCCUAUUAAACCGAAUGAGAUUCCGCCAAUUCCCCCAUCUACAGUUUCAGCAAGACCAGCUUCACCAGUUAGAAAGCCAGUAAACGGUACUGUCAAACGAAAACCAGUAGGCUCAUCUCCUGGCAGUACAGCUCCAACCAUUAGUCACCGACUGUCAGACGAGGAUCUCGACCGACUAGAUACUCUACCGUUUUCUCCUGAAAGCUAUAACAACAUUGCCGCUGCCGAAAACAACAAUAAUCAUCCUCGAAACCCACUAGUAUCGCUACCUGCUAACAGCAGCCGGUCAGGACUCCCUCCGGUGCUUCAAGUGCCACAUCAUCAAUCUCAAUUACAAGAAAAUGGAGAUGAGGUGCUGGAUUUUGCAACAUACGCUCCAGAACCUAUUCCCCGGAAAAAGGACAAGCCACUGCCACCGUCUGGUGUUGACCCGGGUCUGGCUGGCUACAAUGGAGACGGCCAAUGGGUUAUCUCCAAACAACUCAAUGCAGGCUAUGGAGAAUCUCUAUACAAAAAAAUCUCCCCGAACCGGUCUGUCAAACCCUCCAACAAACCACCUCGUUUGCCACCCAAGAUUCCUCAGGGCAUGACCCGCGAAGAGUACAUGGCAGCCGAACCUCCUAAACCCCGCGACCCUUUCGUGUACCGUGACUACGUCUGA